CAGUAAAGGCGCACCAUGGAGGCGGCGGCGGAGAAUAAGGAGGCCGAGCAGGAGCAGCAGCAGCUACCGCACGCGCGGAAGGAUAACGCGCCCGCCGCCGCCGAGGAAGACGAAGCGGAUUCGGAGGAGACCGAGCGCCGCAACCGCGACCUCAAGUCCGGCCUUCACCCCCUUAGGCACAAACUCGUGCUCUGGUACACUCGCCGGACGCCUGGAGCGAGGUCGCAGUCGUACGAGGACAACAUCAAGAAGAUCAUCGAUUUCAGCACAGUCGAAUCGUUCUGGGUUUGCUACUGCCACCUUGCGCGCCCUUCUUCCCUGCCGAGCCCCACUGACCUUCAUCUCUUCAAGGAUGGCAUCCGUCCCCUCUGGGAGGAUCCUGCAAACCAGAAUGGUGGCAAGUGGAUAAUUAGAUUCAAAAAGGCAGUUUCAGGUCGAUUUUGGGAGGAUUUGGUGCUAGUGGUAGUAGGCGACCAACUUGAGUAUAGCGAUGAUGUCUGUGGUGUUGUGCUUAGUGUCCGUUUCAAUGAAGACAUUCUGAGCGUCUGGAACCGGAACGCAUCAGACCAUCAGGCUGUGAUGGCAUUGAGGGAUUCUAUAAAGAGGCACCUCAAGCUGCCACACAGCUAUCUGAUGGAGUACAAACCCCAUGAUGCUUCGCGGCGUGACAACUCGUCCUACAGGAACACAUGGCUGAGAGGAUAGAUAAGCCCUAUGAUACUCGCCAGCUUCACUGCGAUGGUUCUGAAGCAAAGAGACUCGUUUAUGUACCAAGAACGCAGACUAUUAUGCAAUGUACUACUACUCAAAAGCCCCUACAAUGUGACGCGCAACAAUUUUACUAUCUAAUGUGUUUUUUUUUUUGCAAAAGCAUUGAAGUGGAUAUUUAGGGUU